CGUUAUCUCAUAAGCAACACAGUCUCUCAGAGGGGAGUCGAAAAGCCAUAGAAGUGUGCGAAAAAGCUGCUCUGUUGGGAGGAACUAAUUCUGACUGUUCUGGACAAUACACAUAAGAAAUGGAACGUGCUCUCGCGCAAUACUUCUUUUGACUUCGUGUACUAUAUAAGCGACAAACAUAUGGUUUGGUUCCGAGACUCUGGGGCGCCUUCCUACUCACCUGGUAUAUUCUCUUCGUCUGUUGUCCUGGACUGGUUCUUCAGCCUCACCUCACAAUGGGUUAUAAAACGGUACUCCGGUAUAGUUAUUUAUUACUGCUGAGUUACUGUCUCAUACCCAGGUGUAGGGGAGAGAGGACAAAUAAUAUUACUGUAGCAGUGAUGCUUCCUGACAAUAUCAAGUAUCCUUGGGCAUCGCCACGCGUUCUCCCUGCUAUUCGCAUGGCGCAAGAAAAUAUUCAGAAACAAGGAAUUCUGACGGGAUAUUCCAUCCACCUACUUAAUUUUAGCACAGAGGAUUCGAACGGCCUCUGCUCAGAAAUCAAAGCACAGAUUAUCGCAGUGGAUACCAAACUUUACCAUAUGCCAGAUGCUUUCUUUGGACCGGGGUGUGUGUACUCUGUUGCCUCAGUUGGAAGGUUUGCAUCCCACUGGAACCUCCCAUUGAUAACAGCGGGAGGACUCGCAUAUGGUUUUCAUAAGUGGGACGAGUUCAAAACUAUAGUGCGGACGGGACCCUCCACCACAAAACUUGGAGACUUUGCCAACCACCUUCAUGCACAUUUUAAUUGGACCACUCGCGCGCUUAUGAUUUUUCAUGACUUGAAACAGGAUGAUCGACCACAUUACUUCCUCUCUGAAGGCAUUUACCUUAAGUUUCGUGAGGAAAAUAUUACGGUUGAAGCGUUCCCAUAUGAUGAUCCUCACACUUUUAAUUAUAAAGACAUCAUCACAUUUAUGAAGCACAGCGGAAGAAUUGUGUACAUCUGUGGACCUCUGGACACAUUCAUCCACAUCAUGAAGAUGUUCCAGGAUGAGGUGAAGAACCCAGAGGACUAUGCCAUUUUCUAUAUAGACGUAUUUGCGGAAAGUCUGAAAAAUGAAGAGCGCAAACCUUGGCAGAAUUCAGUUGUACAGUGGAAUGAUCCUAUCAAGCUUUUCCAGUCUGUAUUCAUUCUAACAUAUCGAGAGCCAGACAACCCAGAGUACACAGUAUUCCGUACACAACUGCACGAGAGAGCCACUCAAGACUUCAAUGUAAAACUGGAACCCUCUCUAAUGGACUAUAUUGCUGGAUGUUUCUAUGACGGCUUUGUGCUGUAUGCUAAGGCCCUUAGGGAGGCGCUAGCGGAAGGAGUAUCUCAGAACGAUGGCAUUAACAUCACAAUGAGAAUGCAGAAUCGGAAACUCUGGGGGGUUACUGGCCUCGUAAGCACAGAUGGGUAUAAUGCCAGGGAGACUGACUUCAACCUUUGGGCCAUGACCAACCUUAAAACAGGGCAAUAUGCAAUUGUGGGACAGUACAAUGGAACCAGUAAAGACAUAGUGUGGUCAUCAACAGAGAGGAUACAGUGGCCCAAGGGGAGUCCACCUUCAGAUAAUCCACCUUGUGUGUUUUCUCUCGAAGACCCCAUGUGCAAUGAAGCUCAUCUACCUGUCCUUGGGAUUGUUGCUGUCGGGUCUGGAUUAGCCCUCAUUAUUUUUGGAAUAUCAAGUUUCCUUAUUUACAGAAAGCUGAAGUUGGAGAAGGAGUUAGCAGGAAUGCUGUGGAGGAUCAGAUGGGAGGAUUUGCAGUUUGAGAGCCCAAACAAAUAUCACAAGCGUGCUGGGAGUCGCCUAACUCUUUCACAGAGGGGCUCCAGCUACGGCUCCUUGAUAACAACUCACGGAAAAUACCAGCUAUUUGCAAAAACAGGCUAUUUUAAGGGCAACCUGGUAGCAAUCAAGCAUGUGAACAAGAAGAGGAUUGAGCUGACAAGACAAGUGCUGUUUGAACUGAAACACAUGAGAGAUGUUCAGUUCAACCAUUUAACAAGGUUCAUCGGUGCUUGCAUUGAUCCUCCAAACUUAUGCAUUGUGACUGAGUAUUGUCCUAGGGGCAGUCUUCAGGACAUUCUGGAAAAUGAAAGCAUAAACCUAGAUUGGAUGUUUCGUUAUUCUCUCAUCAAUGAUAUAGUUAAGGGAAUGAACUAUCUGCACAACAGCUAUAUUGGUUCCCAUGGAAAUUUGAAGUCAUCAAAUUGUGUGGUGGAUAGCCGGUUUGUAUUGAAAAUUACAGAUUAUGGUUUGGCCAGUUUCCGCACACCAUGUGAAAAUGAAGACUCUCAUGCAAUGUAUGCAAAAAAACUGUGGACGGCUCCAGAAUUACUGAUAUAUGACAGACCUCCACCGCAAGGAACACAGAAAGGUGAUGUCUAUAGUUUUGGCAUCAUUCUACAAGAAAUCGCUCUGAGGAAUGGCCCCUUCUACGUUGAAGGAAUGGACCUUAGUCCCAAAGAGAUAGUCCAGAAGGUGCGCAAUGGCCAGAAACCGUACUUCAGACCCACCACAGAUAGCAGCUGUCACUCUGAGGAGCUGACCAUCCUGAUGGAGAGGUGCUGGGCUCAAGACCCUGCCGAACGCCCUGACUUCAGCCACAUCAAAAUUUUCAUCAUGAAACUCAACAAAGAGGGGAGCACCAGCAUUCUCAAUAACUUACUGUCAAGAAUGGAACAAUAUGCCAAUAACUUGGAGAACUUAGUGGAAGAACGGACACAAGCUUACCUGGAAGAGAAAAGAAAGGCUGAAAAUCUACUUUACCAAAUUUUACCACAUUCGGUGGCAGAGCAACUGAAACGAGGAGAAACUGUCCAAGCUGAGGCAUUUGACAGCGUUACCAUCUAUUUCAGCGACAUUGUAGGUUUCACAUCAUUGUCAGCUGAGAGUACACCAUUGCAGGUUGUGACAUUGCUGAAUGACCUGUACACAUGCUUUGAUGCAAUCAUCGAUAACUUUGAUGUGUAUAAGGUGGAAACGAUUGGAGAUGCAUACAUGGUAGUGUCAGGACUUCCUGUUCGCAAUGGAAAACUCCAUGCCCGUGAGAUUGCUGGUAUGUCUUUAGCCUUAUUGGAACAAGUGAGGACAUUUAAAAUCCGACACAGACCCAACGACCAGCUCCGGCUGAGGAUUGGCAUCCACACAGGGCCUGUCUGUGCUGGUGUUGUGGGUUUGAAAAUGCCCAGAUAUUGUUUAUUUGGAGAUACUGUCAACACAGCAUCUCGGAUGGAGUCGAAUGGGGAAGCCUUGAAAAUACAUGUCUCCUCAGCCACCAAAGAGGUUCUGGAUGAGUUUGGCUAUUUCGACCUUCAGUUAAGAGGAGACGUGGAAGUGAAGGGCAAAGGCAAAAUGAGAACAUAUUGGCUUUUGGGAGAAAAGACAGAUGUCUAUGUUAUCUGAGAGCACUGCUGAGGAGCAAAGCGACCACGGCGAGAGCCACUGCUUUAUUGUUCUAGGAUCUGAAGGGUGUUUCCCCCCCUUUGGAAACAGAACGACAUGCAUUAUUCUUCAAUACCUUUCAAGGGAGGUCAAUUCAGGUAUAUUCUAUACCUGCUUUAAACUGCAAACGUUAUUAAGGACAUUUUUAUGAAGAAGUUUUUUGUCUUGUGAGUGAGUACUUUUUUCCCAAGAGAAAUUCUUAUUUUUUUGUGCUUUCUAUAAUCAGAUUUGUAUCAUGUGUUUGGACACCAGUGGUGUAUAUGCAGAAUUUCCAUAUAGUCUGAAGAAGAGAGGGCACCAUGCUUAGAAUGUGUUCAGUGCAGAGCUCACAAAGUGGUACUAUAUGAGCAAAUAUUUGUAUAUAUGUAUAUCCAAGAAAUUGUAAGAUAUUUUGUUCAAUAAACUGUAUAAAAUGCAAAAUGUCGUACCACCAAAUUCCCGGGUAUAUUAUUUUAAUGGGAGGAAUAGGUAUAUACAGUCAAAAUGUAACUGUCAGAUGUAUUGCAGUUCAC